AUGUCUGGUAAAACAGCCCGUGAUUCUGGAAGCAAACCUAAGGAUGACGCAGCCUGCUCCACUCCCGGUAAUCCUGUCUUCUCCUGCAUGCUGAAGCCUGAAAUUCCUCAGAAAGCCUGGACAUUUGUUAAAACGCAGAAUCCACUUUACAAGACAACGUCACAUGAUUAUGGAUUCCUUCCCCCCACUUACGAGUCAUCACCUUGUGUCUACAAUCCAGUGUACAUGGAAUUUUCUGCCCACCUUGGCACCUGUGGCAUGUAUCGCAACAACUCCCUGAAUACGGUGGUGGAUAAAAGCAGAGUCUAUGACAACCCAAACCUCCAGCACACUCUUUGA